AUGACCUCCAUCUUUCCCGCCAGGAGCGAAAUUUCCUUCGACUCACGCCUCACCACCCUCAAAUCCGCCCCAGCUCCCCUCCUCCCGCCAGGCAAAUCAUGGGAUCCCGCCUUAACAGACAAAAUAUCCACCCUCUACCUCCAUCCUGCCCUCGAAGCCCUACUCCACAUUCUGAACCUCGACCUCCCCUCCUCCCACUUUCUCGUCCGCCACAUGCAGUCCUCGCCGGAGCACACCGCAAUGUACCUCCACGGUAUCCUGCACCGCAUCGAAGGGGAUAUGGAUAAUGCUCGAGCCUGGUAUAGCGAUGUGAGUGAGAGUGAGGUUUUUGCGAGGAUAUGGGGUGAGGCAAGUGAGGACGAGAAGGGGGAGGUUAGUGAUGUGGAGAAGAAAGUACCGCCACAAAGCAAGGCGCGGGACUUCCUUGACGGGGUGGAAGGGCUGAUCAAGAAGGGCGCGGGCAGCAGGGAGGAGUUGGAAAGUGAGAGUAGGAGGGAGGUCGAGGGUGUCUUGAAAUUUUGUAUGGACAAGUUUGGAACCGAGCGGAGGGAGGAUGCGAGUAAAGUGUGGGUGCAGCCUAGUAAGGAGAUCAGUGAAAAGGGGCAGGAUAUGGUGAUCGGUGGGGAGGGCAUCAGGCAGUUCUGA